AUGAAGUACUCUCAAAUCGCAACUUCACUCCUCCUCGCCGGCAGCGCCCUGGCCGCACCCUCGGCCAAGGUCGUGGCACCGCGCUCCAGCAGCGCCGCGGACCUGAUCCUCGCCAUUGCGCCCGACUCGGCGAGCUGCGACAGCUCCAACGACGAGUGCCGGACCAAUGUGCAGGCGGCGCCUCUCCUCAUUGACGCCUUUGACAAGUACGACAUUCGCACCACGGCCGAGAUUGCCGGCAUCCUGUCCCUCAUGGCCUACGAGUCGGUCAACUUUGCCUACAAGCGCAACAAGUCCCCCGGCCGCCCCGGCCAGGGCACGGCCAAUAUGCAAAUGUUUGACUACAAUGUCAAGUACGCCGCCACCCUCUCGGACCUGACGACGCAGGUCGCCGCCCUCGGCACCAUCACCACCGACGACGGCAAGAACCAGCUGCUGGACCUGGUCGUUGAUGACCAGUACAACUUUGGCUCGGGCCCUUGGUUCUACUCGACCCAGUGCACCGAUGCCCAGCGCACGGCUCUGCAAAAGGGCGACGACGAUGGCUUUGCGCAGUACAUGGCUUGUGUCGGCGUCACGGUUACGGAUGAUCGCAAUGCCUACUGGACCCGCGCCAAGACGGCGUUUGGUCUCUAA